AAUAUCAGCUGUCAAAUGUUAGCAAAGUUUGUUGCUUGCAGUACAAGUAAAUAUGCUUAUCGCGAAGUUUAAACCCUUAAAUCAGAAACAGAGGAUAUAUAGCUGAACUCCACACAAUUGAGGAAACUUGGUUUACUAUUGAGCUGUUUGAUAUUGUGUUGCCGUCAGUAGUUCAAAGUCUGCGCAUUCAUUCUGUUACACAACAGUCGGGCCGUAGUGAUGGCAGAUGCAGGUAACAGACCCAAAACGCUCAACUUUAACGUCGGUGUCCUCGGUCAUGUGGACAGCGGCAAAACGUCACUUGCCCGGGCGUUGAGCAGCACCGCAUCCACCGCAGCCUUCGACAAGAACCCUCAGUCCAAGGAGCGGGGCAUCACUCUAGAUCUCGGGUUCAGUGCGUUCACUGUGCCUUUUCCCGAGCACCUGAGUAAAACCUGCGGGGACCGAAAUUAUGACAGUCUGCAGUUUACACUGGUGGACUGCCCGGGCCAUGCUUCCCUCAUACGCACCAUCAUCGGGGGCGCUCAGAUCAUUGAUCUGAUGAUGUUGGUGGUUGACGUUGUCAAAGGCAUGCAAACGCAAACAGCAGAGUGCCUUCUGAUAGGCCAGCUCACCUGCUCUCACAUGGUCGUCAUCCUCAACAAAAUAGACCUGUUGCCUAGUGACAAGAGACAGGGGGCAAUGGAUAAGAUGACCAAGAGGAUGCACAAAACUCUUGAGAACACUAGAUUUAAAGGCUGCCCUGUUAUUGCUGUGGCAGCUAAACCAGGUGGUCCCGAGGCCCCGGAUACAGAGGAGGCACAAGGAAUCUCUGAACUUAUAGAAUUGCUGAAGUCCCAGGCGUUCCUUCCUCAAAGAGAUCCAUCAGGUACCCUUCUGAUGGCAGUAGAUCACUGCUUUUCCAUCCGUGGCCAGGGAACUGUUAUUACCGGCACCAUCCUGCAAGGGUCUGUCAAUGUCAACGAUACUGUGGAGAUACCGGCUCUGAAGGUAACCCGCAAAGUAAAAUCUAUCCAGAUGUUCCGGAAACCAGUUCCCAGCGCCAUGCAAGGAGAUCGGGUUGGUGUGUGUGUGACGCAGUUUGACCCAAAGCUAUUGGAACGAGGUGUAGUAUGCACACCAGGUUCAUUGCGAACUCUAUACGCCGCUGUCAUAUCCGUCCAAAAGAUCGAAUACUAUCGUGGAGUGGUAAGCAGCCGCGCCAAGUUCCACAUCACCGUUGGACACGAAACCGUCAUGGCGCGUAUUUCGUUCUUCCAUCGAGUGCCGCCUGAGAACCAAACUGGAGACUGUAGCCCUUCCUCUCAAAAGCAAUGCUCAGAUUUUUUCUCGUUUGAUUGGGAGUUUCACCACUUGGAUGAGUAUUUGAUGUGUCCGGGAGAUGGUGAGAGGCAGGAGGUACAGCAAUGGGCGUUACUCGAGUUCGAACGGCCGGUCACGUGUCCGCCACUCUGCUUAGUAAUUGGCUCACGACUGGACUCGGAUAUUCAUGGUAACACAUGCAGGCUUGCCUUUCACGGAAAGUUGUUGGAAGGGUUUGAAGACAAAAACUACACGGAAACAGCGCUGCCUCGACUUAAAAUUAGCAAAUACAAGCAGAAGGAAGGAGCAGUGGAACGGGUGAUGGAUGACUACACUGUGAUUGGUCGGAACCUGUUUAAGAAGGAGACCAACCUUCAGCUCUUCGUGGGUUUAAAAGUUACACUGUCGACUGGAGAAACAGGGACCAUUGAAGGCGGCUUCGGCCAGAGCGGCAAGAUCAAAAUCCGAAUGCCAGAGGGUCUGAAAGAAGAAACCAAGCAGCUUCUGUCCUCUUCCUCUAAGAAGAAGGGAAAGGGUGGGACCAAAAAUGAACCAUCCAAAUCUGAAGAAACCAAGCCUAACUCUCAGCCUGUCACCAUUCACCUGAACUUCAAACGUUAUGUUUAUGACCCCCACAAAAAAAUGGUGCAGUCGUGACACUCAUAAUGAUCUUUCUGGGUGAGCUGAUUUGAGAAGAUCUGGAAGGGGAGGUUGCAGGAAUAAUCAUGUUCUGAGAAGAUGCUUAGUAUGAUACUGAGUAUAUAUUAGUAUAGAGUGAGUUGGCAACUCUUGUGUACAUUUCUUUGUUUGAAGAGAUUAUUUUCUUUUCUUUUCUUUUAGUUUAAUUUUUCUUUUAUGUAAGGAAUAACAACGAUCAAUGACAAUGAAAAGGGAUGUUCCUUCAGUACACAACAUCCUAUUCAAAGUCCUGCUGUCAUGCUAAUUUGCUAAUAAAAGGCUAUAUUAGCUAAACUUGUGGGUUAGAAUUUGUUAUAAUAUCUAAAUGAGAGUAAAGGGGUUAGGC